AUGUCUUCGACUGACGAUGUAUUAAUAAGCUCAAUAACAAUUUAUCUUGGUCUCCCCAUAUUGAUUUGUGGUACUUUGGGAAAUUUAUUUAAUAUUCGUCUUCUUUGGCGAAUUCGUCAUAAUCCAUGUGUAUUUAUAUUUUUGGUUACAUCGUUUAUUAAUUGUAUUGUAUUAUUUUAUGGUUUACUUACAAGAGUAUUAAAUGUUGGUUUUCAUUUUGAUUGGUCAACUAAAAAUCGUAUUUGGUGUAAAACUCGUGCUACUUUUAGCCCAGCUAGUUUUUUAAUUUCAUUCACAUGUACUUGCUUAGCAAGUGUUGAUCGAUUUCUUGUUAGUUGUCGUCAAGAAAAAUACAGAAAAUUAAGUCGACUAUCAAUAGCUACAUGGGAAAUUAUUGUGACAAUUAUAUUUUGGUUAGCUAUUUAUAUUCCUUAUUUAGUAUAUACUGAAAUAGUACGAAGUCCAUUUACUGGUAUAUUAUAUUGUGCACUUGUUGGAGAUGCUGUUUUUUCUAAUUAUCAAAUGUAUUUUGCAUUUCCUGUUUAUUAUGGUUUAUUACCUAGUACAGUUCUGACAAUAACAGGUCUAUUGACAUAUAAAAACACAAAUAAAUUACAAAUAAAUCGUCAACGACAACUAGUUCAAAAACAAAUAACAUCAAUGAUGCUUAUACAAAUUCCAAUAAUACUUUUUUCAACAUUACCAUAUGUAAUAUUUACAGAAUAUUCAACAUUUACUGCAACAAUGACUAAAUCUGAUAAUCAAAGAACUGUUGAACUUGUGAUGACAAAUAUUGUUUCAAUUACAUGUUAUAUAACAUUUGCAUGUCCAUUUUUUGUUUUCUUUUCUACAUCAAAAACGUUUAGAGAAGACGCAAAAAUGUUAUUUUUAUGUCGAAAAGCAACUUUAUUGAGAACAAAUCAAGUUCAACCGCGUUUCAGAAAUAAUAUGAGAUAUAUACAAUCUAUAUCAAUGAGAACUAAUCAAAUUCCAUGUAAUUUCACAACUAUGGUGAAAAAUAUAAAAUCUACCAUAGUUAAUGAAGAAUGA